AUGGCGGACGCUCAGUCACCAGCAAAGGGUCAGAAGGUCACUACUGAGGCUGGAAUCAACGCCGUCACCAAGACAAAGCCCACCAGCAAAGUCUUCACCGUCGUCGAAGUCCUCGAAAAUUUACUUUCCAAUCUCUCUUUAACAGAGCUCACCCGGAUGGAGCGCGUGUGCUCCCUGUGGCAAAACCUCAUCCACACGGCACCAGGACUACAAGAAAGGCGUUUCUUCAAAGCAAGAACAGUCUCCGACCUUAUUCGGACGGUGUUCGACCCAGCGACCGAUGAAGAGUACAUCAUACCCGCCCCUUCGAUCAUGCAACAUCGCCCGACGAGUGAUGCAUUAAAUGCAAGCGCCCAAAAGGGAGCCUCGUCUCACAUAAUAUCUACUCUUCACCCAUAUCUCAGCGAGUCUUCGUUGUCCGAGUUCUGGAUUUAUUCAGAUGACGGUGACAUAGACUUCUCAAUCGCCUUCGCGGUAUUCAGUCCGUGCACGCUACUGGAAUGGGUGCUCGGUGAGUAUUGGGAGGGCGCUUACAUCACCCAACCACCGUGCAAGAUGAAGGACGUUGAUGUCACGAUUCCGAAUCUAGAUGUGGAAAGAAGCUUCAUAGUGGCGUGCUCCUCGAAGAAGUCAGAGGACGACUACGCCACGCUGGGCGACCUCCGACGUGCGAUUCAGAAAGUGGAUCACGACUUCAUUAGUGAUAGGAAGCGACAGGCCUACAGACUUCGGAUCAGAAUCAAGGGACACCUGCUGGACUGCAAUGACRGAGUGCGUAAGGCCAGGCAAGCGGAUGAAGCCUUUCUCGCAGCUACUAGAAUAGAGCCUGCGAAGUGCGUUGUCAUUGCGGAUGCGAGCUAA